AUGCUUCAAUCCCUCUCUCUUCUCGCUCUGCUCUCCGCUUCGUGCGCUAUCUGGCUGGACCUCUACGAGCACGACAAUACCAAUGGAAACAAGGUACGACUGACUGAACCUGUAGAUUGGCUUGGAAAUGUCCACUUUAAUGAUGCAGCAUCCAGUGCACGAGCUGACGGGAACUGGGAACUGUACUCUAACUGGAACUUUGAAGGGCUGAGGAUGGUAGUGGAAGGUGGUCGUCACUACAACAACUUGGGGGGAACCUUCAACGACGCAGUCUCCUCAGCUCGACCUACCUGUAUUUACACAGGGGAUGCUAAUGAUGCCCUGCUAGAAGUUUGGGAGCAUGGUGACCACCGUGGCAACAAGAAGUCCUACACGAAGGAUGAAUCGUACUUGAACGACUGGAACGACAAGAUUAGCUCGGCGUGCGCUGUUAAGGGGGACUGGGAGUUAUACGAACACUACCUCUUUACAGGAGUUAGAUGGGUGAUAAAAGAGAACGAAUGUCAUAACAUAGUGGCACACAAUGAUUACUACACCUCCCUGCGACCUCUCUGUGCCAGCUACCACCCAAAGUGUACUGUACAGAAAGUCAGGGUGGGGUCCCAGGGUUUGUUGACGCCCAGAUACGAAUCAACAGAGGUUAUCGGCGCUAACGAUGGUGGCACGUGCACUGGCCCGUCCACCUAUACCCUGAGCAUGCAACACUCGAGGACAGUCACGGAAUCGACCACGCUUGAGUUCGGGGAGAGUAACGAGGAUAACUGGGGCGUGUCGGUGACAGUGGAAGUGGAGGCAGCUGCCAAGGUGUUUGGAGCAGGAAGUUCGGUGACCAUGGGUGUUUCUGUUGGGUUCGGAGGAUCCCGAACCGUCUCCAAAUCAGAAUCUACGACAAAAGAAGUGGCUCACCAGUCUUUGGUAGGGAUGAGUGUAGCUUUUCCAGUGCCCGGAGCAGCUUUAGUGUUUGGACUGGUAGACAAGUACAAGAUGGAUGGAGCUGACGUACCAGCCACAAUGGAGCUGCUGUGUCCUGAUGGCAGCACCAAAGAGAAGAAGACCCACAUAAAA